AUGUCUUCUUCGCCAGACACCGUCAAUUCCGUGGAAAUCGAUGUCGUCGAUCAGCCAACCAAAUCAGUCACUUUUUCCCUAACAAAGGCAACCGUCAUUCGCGAAAUCAAAGAUGUCCAGCUCCAGCCCCGUGCAAACGAGAUUAUUGUCUCUGGGCUCGACCCCAAACUGGACCCUGACUCGGUCCGCGUAGAUGGCUAUGGCUCUGCCACCAUCACCAACAUCCAAACAGACGUUGUUCCGCGCAAAACCCGGUUUGUGGAUGUCCAUCCGGUGGAUGAUGACAGCGAUCAAUCAGAUUCGGAUCAGGAUGAGCUCGAUGAUGAGCGUGGUCCCGGCAGAGUGGCUAUUGACGCAGCAAAGGCGGAGCUCCUUGACGCUGAGACAGAACUGGCAUCUUCCAAGGACGCACGGGCGACUUCAAUCAAGAUGCUCGAGUUCUUAGACCAGUAUGGCAAGACAAUGCAAGCCCAGGACGUUGAGGUUUCCAAGAUGACCGAAUUCUUGCACGUUUAUCGCCAACAACGCGCCGCGGAGAGCAUUCGACACCAACAGUCUAGCACCGAGAUUGCGAUAAUGGAGAAGAAAGUCGAAAACGCCUACCAGAAGCUUGCCCACGCCGAGAAAGCGUUUGCAAAGAAGAAGAAAGCUGCCACUCGUGAAAUUCGUCAACAGAAAGAGAAAAAGGCCCACGAAAAGCAGCAGAAGCGGUUGGAAAAACUGCGUGCUUUGGAACAACGCCGCAAAUUCUGGACAGCCAAUGUCGGUCAAGUCGUUAUUCACCUAGAUGGCCCAUCAGUCUACACUCCGGGCUCGAGUAGGCGAGGCUCUGUCGUUUCUUAUGACGAAAAGGAUUCGCCUCCGGAUAGAGAAACUGCCAAUCUCAUUCUGACAUAUGUAGUGCCCAACGCGAGCUGGGUGCCUCGCUAUGAGCUCAGAAUCAGCACUCCUACAUCCUCAGCCAAACUGGUCUACCGUGCCGAGUUUGGCAACUCCACGGCCGAGACGUGGAAGGACGCAAACCUCACUUUCUCGACCUCCCAGACUUCCUUUUCUGGACUGGAAGAGAAAAUCCCACGUCUGGAUCCAUGGAACAUCAAACUUGCAAAGGCGCUAGGGUUUGAUACCGAGGAUAAAAUCUGGGCUAGUGGCCUACACAGCCAAAAGGAAAUGUCUUCAAACAACCCAUUGCCUAGAAACAAAAGCAUAUCACCAUUGUUCGGUGUUGGUUCUCAGGGAGGAGUAGUACAAGCAAAUAAGGUGUCUGGGGGUUCUCUGUUUGGUCAAUCGAGUAAUAAUACAGUAUCCAAUACAAGUGGAGGACUUGCUCCGGCAAAUACAUCUUCAGCAUUCGGUUCUAGCGGAGGAUUUGGCCCUUCAGCAAAUGCACCUUCAGGGUUCGGUUCUAGUGUAGGAGGCUUCGGUGGAACAGGAUACACACGGAUGAAUCAGGCUGGUCCUACUGCGCUAUUCGGUGGCACGGCCCAAGGAAAGGCACCCGAUCUGCCUCAGGUGCAAUCUGAAGCAGAACAGGCUGUGAACCCGGCAGAUGAAGACCAUGGUGGAGAUGACGAUGCGGCGACAUUGAGCCCGGAAUUCAAUGCUCUCGGGCAUCAAGACUCCCAGCGUCAAAACUACGGCCUGACAACCUCGUACGAGCUUUCCGGGAAACGGACCAUCACCCCAUCCUCGGUCAAACGUCGCCAUGUCAUCACCGAACUCGAUCUCAAAUCAGUCACGAUUUCUCAUGUACUCGUGCCGAAACUGCGCUGUGCGGCCUUUUUGAAAGCCCGCGUCAAAAACACUACAACUACGAGUCUCCUUCGUGGAAAGGCUGGCAUGACUGUUGAUGGCACGUUCCUUGGCUCGAUUUCGCUGCCAAAUUGCGAACCUGACAACUUUGUCGACUUAUCUCUCGGUGUUGACCCCUCUAUUCAAGUCACGUAUGCCAAACCAACCGUGCGCCGCGCAACGUCCGGCUUCUUCACGAAAGAUGACUCGGCCAUAUUCACGCGUACGUGCUGGAUCAAGAACACCAAAAAGACCACUGCUUCGAUCACCGUCCUUGACCAAGUCCCCGUCAGCGAAGAUGAGCGUCUGCGUGUGAACAUUCUUGAACCAAAGGGGCUGGCGGAGGAAAACGACGUUACGAAACUAGAUGCCCUUUUCGACAAGGGAGAGAAGGGCAAGGGCCAGAUUCAUUUACUAAAGAAUGGCCUCGUGAAAUGGGUACUUGAGAUUCGGCCUGGGAAAGACGUCAAGCUGGUGCUGGAGUACGAAAGCCGGAUUCCAAGUGGACAGAAGAUUAUUGGACUGCAGUAG